AUGAUUAAACAACAGCAACCACAGACCAUUACAUACGCCAUAUAUGCAUAUAAUUCAAAGACGGCAGAACAAACGCAAAUGUUGAAAUAUGGAGAUUUGGAGAUAGUAUUGAAAAAUGACCAUUUCGAAUUCGUUUGCAAAGGUGGUGCAGUGAUAUCAAAUAUAAAAGAAAUUUUAUUUAUGAAUUCAAAAAUUAAAGGAAUAACGGAUGAUAUAACAUCAAUUCCACCAGAAGAACAGAGAUAUUACGCAUUAAAUGCAUUUCCUAAAGUUUUGAAGAUUGGAAGAUUUAAUUUAAAUGAGGAAUUCAUAAAAGGUUUCCUAAAUGACAUAAUGAAGAAAGCAGAUAAGGAAUGUGUUGCUGCUGCGUUAGUGAAGAAAGCGGAUAAGGAAUAUGUUGACGAAAAAGAUAAUGAAAUUAAAGAAAGAGUUGAAUGGUAUAAUGAACGGACAUCAAAGAUUUUAAAAGCUAAAGCCGAUACAGGAUGGGUUUCAGGAUGUUUAGACCUUAAAGCGGAUAAAACUUAUGUUAACGAUGAGUUAAUGAAGAAAGCAGAUAAGGAAAAAGUUAUUUCAUUCAUUAAUACUGAGUUAGCAAAGAAAGCUGAUAUAUCAUUUGUUAAUGAAGAAAUAAAACAAUCAGAGGUUUAUUUUACCCCAUCAUUUUUAAAUUUUAUGAAAUCAUCAGAUAAAACAUUUGAAGAUAUUGAAUGGAUAUGUUUCGAUGGAGUGACCAUGUAUUUAUUUUAUACAGGUGGAGCGCUUUAUUAUUUUAAAACAAAUGAUUUUAAAAACUAUGAAUCAUUUACUCCAUCCGUUUUGAAUCCUGAUACACGAGAGCCAAUCAUUAAUCCAAGAAUUUUUUAUGUUGAAUAUAAUAACGGCAAAUUUAUGGGAAUGAUAACGGUUGGAAAUGAUUUUUGCCCUUGUUAUUCAUUCGAUUGUAUCCAAUGGUUCAAAUGUAAUUUAAAUCAAGAUGUUAAAUUUAAAUAUCCAAAUAAUCCUAUUAGAUGUGUUAAUAAUAAAUGGGUACUAAUUUAUGAAGUCAAUCAAAUUUUCAUUAGUGAGGAUGGGAUAAAUUAUUAUAUGUUUAGUAUGAUGUCAUCAGAUUUGAAAAUUGAUUAUACAAGUAAGUGGUAUUACAUUAACAACAUGUAUUUUAUCCUACAAAAUGAUAAAAUUUAUAGAUCAUCUUCAAUAUCACAAGGUCAAUUUGAACAAAUUUUUCAAGCUGAUGGAGACAUCGAAGCUUUAUGUUAUGCUUCAAAUGUUUGUGUUCUUGUUUCAGGUAGUAUGGUGUAUUCAUAUCCUGUAAGUUAUAACAGACAUAUUUAUUUAUCACAAGAUUUUUCACAGGAUCCAGAGAAAACACCAAGAUGGAAAUUGGUUUAUUCAUUCACUCCAAAAUUUACUCAAAAUUAUAGAUUUACAAAUUUGUUUUAUAUUGAUGGGUAUUUCAUUGCUUUUGGAUGUGGUGAUUUAGUAAAUAUCAGUAGUGAUGGAAAAAAUUGGUCUGAAAUCACAAAAUUUCAAGAUGUUAAAAAAGCAAUUUUCAAAAAUAAUAUGUUAAUAUUGAUGACAAUACCAAUUUUAACUUCUUACACGAUUUCAAUAUUAUAUAAUAAAUUCAAUAUUCAUAAUGGAUUAAAGAAGAAAGCAGAUAAGGAAUAUGUUAAUACUGAGUUAAAGAAGAAAGCAGAUAAGGAAUACGUUAAUACUGAGUUAAAGGAGAAAGCAGAUAAGGAAUAUGUUAAUACUGAGUUAAAGAAGAAAGCAGAUAAGGAAUACGUUAAUACUGAGUUAAAGGAGAAAGCAGAUAAGGAAUGGGUUAAUACUAAAUUAAAUACAAUGCUUGAGAUGAUUUACCCCAUUGGUUCAAUAUAUACGUCAAUGAACUCAACAAAUCCGGCAAGUGUUUUAGGUUUUGGUACAUGGCAACAAAUAACCGAUCGUUUCUUAUAUUGUGCUAACUCAUCAAAACAAACAGGAGGAAGUAAAACAAUUACGGGCGAAAAUUUACCUGCUCAUAGUCAUUACGUUAAUUUAAACACAACUGAAGCAGGAUGGCAUAAGCAUAGAUAUUGGGAUUGGUCAGGAAUGAUAAAAGGUAAAGGGUAUGAUGUUAAAGAUGAAGUUAAAUUUGCUAUUAAUUGUUACUGGAGCGAUACACAGGGUUCAGGUAAUCAUACACAUAAUGUUUCAGGAUAUACACAAACGACGGGACAGAGUAAAGAUUACAUGCCUCCCUAUAUGACUGUAUUCGCAUGGUAUAGAGUUCAAUGA